AUGGCAAGUACCAUGAGGCACUAUUGCAGCUCUAACUUGAUCGUUCUGUUGUUACUGCUACCCUUACAAUUUUAUUCUGGUAAAAGUGAACUCCAAUUGAACCACUAUGCACAAAGCUGUCCAAGAGCUGAAGAGAUAAUCAAAGAACAAGUCAUCAAGCUGUACAGUAAACAUGGAAACACAGCUGUUUCAUGGGUCCGGAAUCUCUUCCAUGAUUGCAUAGUCACGUCAUGCGAUGCGUCACUCUUGCUAGAGACUGUGAAUGGAAUUGAAUCAGAGAAAGCAUCACAAAGGAGCUUUGGAAUGAGAAAUUUUAAGUACGUAAACACCAUAAAACAGGCCCUUGAGAGUGAAUGCCAUUCGACAGUCUCUUGUGCUGAUAUUGUUGCUCUUUCGGCUAGAGAUGGCAUCGUCAUGUUAGGAGGACCAAGGAUCGAGAUGAAAACAGGGCGGAAAGACUGCAAGGAAAGCUAUAGAGCAGUGGUUGAAGACUUCAUCCCUGAUCACAAUGAUAGCAUUUCGUUGGUACUUUCCCGCUUUCAAUCAAUUGGCAUUGACGUUGAAGGAACAGUUGCUCUUCUAGGAAGUCACUCUGUGGGUCGAGUUCACUGCGUGAAUCUAGUACAAAGGAUCUACCCGACGAUUGAUCCAACUUUGGACCCGGAUUAUGCUGUGUACCUUAAACGCCGCUGUCCAACCCCAGACCCUGAUCCACAUGCAGUUCAAUAUGCAAGAAAUGAUAAUGAAACACCUAUGAUCCUUGAUAAUAACUACUACAAAAACUUGUUACGCCACAAGGGACUUCUCAUAGUGGAUCAACAAUUGACUUCUGAUCCACUUACAGCUCCAUAUGUUGAGAAGAUGGCUGCUGAUAAUGCCUACUUCCAUGACCAAUUUUCAAGGGCCGUGCUCCUGUUAUCAGAGAACAAUCCACUUACCGGUGACCAAGGAGAGAUAAGGAAGGAUUGCCGCUAUGUUAAUCGCAAUUAG